AUGGAUACAAACAGAUUAUUUAACAAUCCUUUAUCCUUUUUGCUUCAAUCUGUUCUUUUCCAUACCAAAUUGAUAGUUCAAGUAGGAAAAGCACUACAAAUAUAUAUCCAGAGUCCUUUAUUAAGUUUAUGUCAUCUUUCUGUUAAACAAAGGACUACAAUUUACUUAUUUGAACCUAUUAUAGUCCUAAAAUACUUGGAUUCUUCAUAUUCUCCAUCUCAAGUACGUUACCAAAAAAUUGAUCAUAUGAACUCUUUAUAUACUCGUACUUCAUUUUUGGAGAGCUGUCAAGAACGAUGUCCCCUUUUCUUAGAGAACCAACAAAACCUAUAUGAAGGAGGCGUUUAUCAGGAAUGUCAAGUAAGCCAACAUCAACAAGACUUAUAUCAACAAGACUUAUAUCAAGAAACUUAUGAUCCUCUGAUCUAUCAACAGUAUCAAACUCAACAAGAUCAAUAUCCAGAAUCUAAUAAUAUCACUACUUCAUAUCCUUCAUUUCGGUUCUUGGAAGAACAAACCCAGAACCAAGAACAAAAUCAGGAAACUAUUUCCAUGUUAAUUUCCCUACUUAAUGAAAAAGACUCUCAACUUAAGGCUGCCAAUGAUAUCAUUAAUGAAAAAGAAUCUCUGCUUAAGGCUGCCAAUGAUAUCAUUAAUGAAAAAGAAUCUCUGCUUAAGGGCGCUAAUGCUAUCAUUAAUGAAAAAGAAUCUCAACUUAAGGAUGCCAAUGCUAUCAUCAAUGAAAAAGACACUCAACUUAAGGUUGCCAAUGCUAUCAUUAAUGAAAAAGAAUCUCAGCUAAAGGAUGCUCAUUACUAUAAUAAGUUUCUAGAAUCUUUACAAAAUCCUCCUUCAUUCCCAGAAAUAAAAAAGAAAACAAUAAGAAAACCAAUUGCAUAUGCAUUGGAGGUAAAAUUGGAAAAGAACCAUGCCAACAUUGUAGUACGAAUAAAAAGAUCCAAAAAGACUGCUCUUAUAUAA